GACCUGCGCUCAUUCACAUCGGUUGAGUUGUGUUGAAACGUUCGUAUCACUUGCCAAACAAAGCUCGGCGAUUCAGAGCUACCUGUGGCAGCGGCAGCAGGAAGCGUAAGCGCAGUGCGGUGCAGUUUGAAUUUACAGUUUUUAGCAAAAGUGAGUUUCAUUUCGAAUUCAAUCUCGGUUCUUCGUUAAGCCUAAACGCUCGUCAAUCCAUAGCGCAAAUCUGCUGGCCAGCAUGUCCUCCCCGUCGAUGGCAUUCCAGAGCAAGUCACGAAAAUCUUUUAUAGGCAUUUUAUUGCUCACCUUUGUGGCCUUCCUGGCGCAAGGUGCUUGGGCAGCCGACCCGGAUGCGGCGUAUGUGGACAAUGAGCUGCACAAGGACAACGAGUUCCCCAGCCUGGCCAAACGUCCGUCGUUCUUUGUGGGCAGUCGCUAUGGCCGUUCCAGUGGCAAUAGCGGUGCAGGCAAUGGCAUGGGCACCUCGAAGACGCGACGCCUAAUCAUCGUGCCGCGCAACGAUCGCUUCUUUCUGGGCUCGCGCUAUGGCAAACGCAGCGAUGAAUACCUCUCGCCCUACGAGCAGAACAGCCUGGCUCUGGGCCUGGCCAAGGCCGAGCGGGAGGCCACCGAGGCCAGCAACGAGAAGCCCAGCAGCAGAGCUCGAGCCAUGUCCUGCGUCUACACGGGCAUCAGCAACUUCUAUCGCUGCAGCAAUGUCAAUUCUGAGGAGCUCAACCUGAACAUGGGACUGGACAACAAUAGUAUAGGCUCGGAGGAUGCCAGCAACAAUGUGAAGUAAGACAUGGCAUGGCAUGACGCAUUCAUUGGCAGACGAUUCUCUGGCUAGUUAAAUACCCUUGUUAUCCAUUAGCUUCUCAGCUACACCCACACACCCAUACACCCAUACACACGAACACAUUCUUAUAUCUUGUUAAAUGGUAUUAAAAUUUUUAACGGGGCUGGAAAAGUUUUAAUACCCAACAAUAACUGUGUAAAUAAGUAAGCAUACAAUAAAUUAUGAAAAUGCAUAAAUA